UAAACUAAAGCAUUCCAUACCACACUUAAAACACUCCCGGUCUUUCUCUGCUUUCAUAUAGUUCUAAAGAUUAUGAAGAUGAGUGGCAAGAGUACUUCUUCACUGGCUCUCUUCUUGUCCCUAAACCUCGUCUUCUUUUCCCUAGCCAGUGCAGCAGAAUUUCCUGCUAUUCCCAUUCCUUCAUUAGGGAAGUGCCCCAGGGACCAGCUCAAGCUAGGUGUCUGUGCUGAUGUGCUUAACUUGGUGAAAAACGUAGUGGUCGGAGCCCCGCCGACACUCCCUUGCUGUGCUCUCCUUGAAGGCCUUGUGAACCUCGAGGCGGCGCUAUGUCUUUGCACUGCCAUUAAAGCCAACAUUCUGGGACUCAAUCUCAAUCUUCCUGUUGCACUUAGCCUGGUUCUCAACAACUGUGGCAAGACUCUUCCAAACGGCUUUGAAUGUACCUAAAAACAUCUGAACCUAUUUAGCUACGUAUCAUUCUUCCUUGUGAUCGCCUCAUUCUGGCUUGCUGUUGUUCCUCCAACUACUUGUGGUCUGCAUGUUUAAAUUAUUUUCAGUGUCGUGUGAGCGUUGUAUGCGUCGUUGCACUUUGCAAAUAUUUUCUCUUCGUAUGGUGCUCAAUUAAAGGGCCUUCUUGUUUUCUAGUAUUCGGUGAAUGUACGAUGUAGUCUUUCAUUAAUUUUAAUAAAUUAAUGUGUGCCAAUAUAUAA